GCCGUCCGCUGCGGCACCAUGGAUUCCUUUGACGUGGGUGCGCUGGCAUCCGAGCCUUUGGUGGUCUUCUGCGUGGCCACUGCCGGCAAAGGCGAGUUCUGCGGAAAUGGCCGCAACAUGUUCGCCAAGCUGCAGGAGCGAAGUGAUCUGUCACUGAGCGAUCUCAAGUACUGCAUUUUCGGCCUGGGUGAUUCGCACUACUGGGGCAAGGGCACGGAGGAGUCGAAGUUCAACUUUGCAAAGCCAGCGCGUGACUUGGACGACAUGCUGGAGAAGAUGGGGGCUCAGCGCAUGAUGCCUACGGGCUUCGGAGACGACCAGGACACCGACCAGUAUCACACUGGCUUUGCCGAGUGGAAGGGCCAGCUCUUUUCCCGCCUUGGGGUCGACAAGGCCGAUGCUGCGGGUGGUGGCGAUGAUGGCCCGGUCAAGACCGACGAGCAGAUCAAGGUGGAGACUAAGCAGCUGCGAGGCAGCAUGAAGGAGAGCUUGGAUGACAUUACCACCGGACAGAUUCCCUUCCAGGACACCAAGCUGAUCAAGUCCCACGGCAGCUACCAGCAGGAUGAUCGUGAUCUUCGUGAAGAGAGGCAGAAGAUGGGUGUCGAGAAUGCGUUCAGCUUCAUGAUCCGUGUGCGACUUCCGGGUGGCUUCUGCACCGCAGAGCAGUGGAUUGCCAUGGAUGACAUCUGCCAGAACUUUGCCAACGGCACGUUGAAAAUCACCACGCGCCAGACCUGGCAGGCCUGCAUGGACACCUUGGCAGCCUGCGGAGAUGUGUGCCGCAACGUCCUGUGCACCUCCCGCCCGGAUGUGUGCUCCAAGGAGCUCCAUGCGGAGAUCCUCCACUACACCUAUGACAUCCACGAUCACUGCCUUCCUCGUUCUGGUGCCUACCACGAGAUCUUCCUCAUGCAAGGCGAUGAGAUGGCUGAGAAGAUCCAGAUCAUGGGUUCCACGCCGGUUGAGGAGGAGCCGCUCUACGGACUGACUUACCUGCCCAGGAAGUUCAAGGUGGCUGUGGCCAUUCCUCCCAGCAACGAUGUGGACCUCUUCGCGCACUGCGCAGGCUUCAUUGCCAUCAUUCAGAAUGGCAAGCUGCUAGGCUUCAACGUGGCUGUUGGUGGUGGCCUGGGCUUCACCCAUAACAACCAGAAGACCCAUCCUCGCCUGGCCGAUGUGAUCGGUGCCUUGGAAGAACUCUGCAGGAAGUACGUGUGCGAGUGCAUCCUGACCGUUGCCCGUGACUUCGGUGACCGAACGGGCCGCAAGCAUGCUCGUGUGAAGUACACUGUGGAGGACUACGGCCCCGAGUGGUUCAAGGAGCAGGUUGAGGACCGCCUGGGAUUCAAGCUGGAGCCCGCAAAGUCCUACAAGCUGGAGCACCGUGGUGAUCUGCAUGGCUGGGUCAAGGCCAGCGAUGGCACCUGGAGCUGCGGCCUUCUGAUCCCCAUCGGACGUGUGAAGAUUGCCGAAGAGCUGAGUGGCAAGGAGAAGGCGAACGACUCAGCCAAGAAGCCAAUCAUCCAGAAGCUGCUGGAUGAGUACAAGGUGAUGCACAGCAAGGAGACCACUGUGAGCGGCCUGCGCCGCAACAUGGUGGCAUGCCCCAAGCUCAGCCAGAGGCGCGAGGAGGCCAGGAAGUUUUCCGGCGUCGCCUUGCCCACUUGCCCCCUGGCCUUUGCCGAGGCCGAGCGCUAUCUGCCUACCCUGGUGGAGCGCUUGGAGGCAGUGGCCGACAAGGUUGGCCUGAGCCAGGAAGACAUCGUCAUCCGAAUGACUGGUUGCCCCAACUCCUGCGGCAGGCCGUCCAUGGCUGAGAUUGGCUUCAUCGGAAAGGCCCCGGGCACCUACAACAUGUACCUGGGUGCCGACUUCGUCGGCCAGCGCCUGAACACUCUCUAUGCCGAGUCCGUGAAUGAGGACCAGAUAAUUCAGAUCCUCACGCCGAUCUUCGGCCGCUUCGCCCAGGAGCGAGAGAAGAGCGAGAAGUUUGGGGACUUCCUGAUCCGCAAGCAGAUCGUCAAGCC